UAUAUUUUUCUUAUACAUGAGAAACAUUUUCUCUAUACACAUUUAACUUUUUCCAAACGCUUGGUUAGCAUUUCUUUUCAAAAAAUUUUAUGUCAAGUGUUUUUUAAUAAAUUUAUUUAGAAUAUUUGGAAGUAUAAACAAAAGUAAAAGAAAAAAACAAAUAAACAUGAAAAAACACAACAACAAUUGGGGCGGCUCAUCUUGUGCUUUCCUUCACGCGAGGGUUCCCUGUGUCUCACGUUAAGCGAGACAUAGGGGCGCCCAUGCUAGAUCUAUGUACAGUUUCUAUGUAAUUCAUCUUACGGGCUAAUGUGGAACAAAUCAAUUGGGACGGGAGUAGUGGCUUGGCCCCACCCAGUUGAAUUCAAGGGGUGAGGAGGAGAGAAUUUAUGAUAGGUUUCGUAAAUAGUUCAUAGGUAUAGAAUUUUCACAAGUAAAAUGUGCACCUAAUCAAUGGAUGGCCCCCACGAGGGGCCUAGCCUUAGGCAUCCCCCUCCAAUGACUCCAAACACGGCCGGUGAGAGGCCGCCCUAGCCGAUGACUCUGGGUGAGUCUAUGUCUCGGUUGCUGCGAGACACAAGACCGUGGCGCUACAGAGAGUCGGUAAUGGGCCGGCACCUUAACCAUGUGUUUCGUCAUGUUGACAUCAUGCUGCCAUCAUGUGUGUAUCUUUUUCCUUUUCCUUUUGUUUAGAUUUUAGAAAAACUAAAUACAUAUAUUACAAAAAAUAAUUUUGUUAAUAUGUGACAUAUAAAAAAAUUCAUGUGUUUAAAAAAAAUUGAUAGUUCCAACAAAACGUUAUACAUUGUAAAAAAAAUGUUAAGAGCUGGAUUUUGAUAAACAACGGAGACACAAAUUGAAAUUGUUCUGGACUUCUGAAAUGGUUCAUCGAACAACUUGCGGGCAUCGGGAUAGUUACCCGUAAGGAUCUCCCGUGCAUGCUUCGUUUGCGUCCCGAUGGACUGGCCAGCCACUGGUGCGGCGUUGAGGUCGGGGGCCGCCACCACGAGGAAUGCCAGCGCAAUUUCACUUAUUACCGACGAGUCGUCUCGAGGCGACCCGAAGAAACGGGACGCACCCAGGUCGUGUUGAGGAUGGAACCCAUACGACGACGCCGUCGUCGAGGUGCGCCGUGACUCCGGAUAUGGCAGGCGGGUAACCGACGAGCCCAUGUUGGCCGCGGCCACAGUGGCAGCGAUGAGAAUGGCCGGAUCACCGCGAAUCCCUAGCAUGAGAAGGGCACGCUGCGUGGCCUAGGCGACAAUGAGAUCAGUCUCCGCAUCGGCGUUCUUGGGCUGCGCGGCCUCGACUGCGUCACGGGCGGCGGCGACAUCUUUCUGGUCUGCCACGACCUUCAUCCGGCCGGUCCUCUUCGCCGUUUCGACGGCCCUCUACUUCGGCGUGAGCUCCUUCUUUGGGCGCAUGGCAUGGGCAGACAUGUUGUUGGCCGUGGCGUCUGAGAUGGAGGUUGCGACGGGGCUUGGGUGCAUCGCCUAUGGCGCAAGGGUGGGAGGAUUUUGAGGAAGAGGGGGGAAAUGGGGCGGACGUCCCAUUGACGAACGGGUCAGGGGAGAACAGGGGGAGGGCGUCGUGGGCAUCCGCGUCGACACAGACCCAGCCCAAAUUUGGGCCGGAAAUGGGUCACAACAGACAAAUAACAAUACACGUUCGUUUACGUCUCCGCAUUUAGCUGGGUUUUUAUCCGCGCGGAUCGAAACGGACGCGGAUGAAAUGGGGCGCCCUGUUAGAGCUGACCUUAAUGUCGGGAGAAGAAGAAUCGGGUGGAGGAUUUGCAUCUGAGCGAAGAUGGACGCUGGAUGGUGGCGCUCGCGCAACACAUCCUGGCCUUGGCCGGACGGAUUCGCGCCCAUGUUGAACUCGGAUUCCGGAUGCGCCUCCUUAAUCCGACUGCUUGUAGUGGAGCUCGACUUCCAGGUUAUAAGCGUACUACAUCCACAAGAGAAUCCAUCGCUUUCCUCGAUCGCCAACCUUCUGCCAACACCCGCGGGACAAGAGCACCACCUCUAGGUCACACAGAGGACAGAGCUCGUGUUCGCCGCCACGCCAUGGCCGCACCCACGCAGACCAGCCCGCUCCGCCGGUGGAAGCGCUUCUUCCGCGCCUUCGACUGUGUGGACACCGCCAUCAAGCCCUCCGACCCUGACCACUCACGCGACGAGCUCCGGCGCGCCAGGGUCGACGUCGUGGAGCAGCUCUGCAACGCCGCGGACGACGACGACCAGGCGGAGCGCCUCUGCGGGAUCCUCGACGACCACAUGGCGGAGUCCCUGGAGACGCUGCGGCUCGUUCCGGUGACGCCCCGCAUGCUGGCUUCCACGGACCUCGCCAGGUCCGUCUGCGCGCUCCGCAGGCACGAGUCGGAGCGCGUCCGCGUCUUGGCCCGAGGCGUCGUGAGCGGGUGGAGGGCGUCGAUGCAGGACGAGCUCGCCAUGGUCAGAGACGCCCUGCGCAAGCUUGACAACGUCAGCAUGCCGCAGACAACGGAGAUCACCGUCGGUCAGCGGCAACAUGUCUCCGCCGAUUCUGACGUAGCCAAGACGAAGGCGCCGGUCAUGAAGACGGCGGCAGUCACUAUCAGAAAGGAUGCGUCCGGUUCCGCCGGCGGGGACCCUGCUGGCCUCUGCUCCGAGGAGAAGAUGGAAGCCGCGAAACGCAAGUUCCGCCAAGGUUACCGGGAAGCAGAGGACGCUAAACGGCUGCGCAGGACACGAUUGGUGCAGGCGCCCAAGAUGAUGCAGCCAGUCAGGAGGUGCACCAGCUCCAUGGCCAAGAAGGAAACCUUCGUGGUCAGGACGCAGCUUCACAUGGCUUAG